AUGGCCACCGCCGUAAACUCCACCCAGCACCUGGACAUGCUCCAGAGCAUGCUCAAUGCUGUGUUCCUCCAUUCUGGGCGCUUUCUCAAAGAGGAGCAGGCGGGCGGCGGCACCGGGCGCAUGAGGCAGCAGCUGCAAAAGGUCGUGCCUUCUGCUACCGAGCGCUUUCACGAUGCGCUCGACGAGCUCGAGAACGAGGUCCGUCUGGCGCAGACCGUCCUGCGCCGCGACAUGGCGCUGCUGAAGCAGGACCGAAAGAAGAAGGAGGCCGCAGCGAAGCAGCACGAAGUCGAGAAGGCGCGACUGGCAGCGGAGGCGAAGAACGUCCCGGCGCCAGUUGAGGAAGAGCCGGUGAAGGUCGAAAAGGUUGCGACACCAGCAGCGCCCGAGCCAGCCGUGUCGCAACCAGAACAGGCGCCCGAGGCAGCGAGCGCAAAGGAGCCCGAGGCAGAAGAAGCCUCCAAGAAAGAAGACGACGCCGCGAAAGACGCGAAAGCACCACCACCGCCGCCCAUCGAGACCGACGUCGAGCCUCCGAAAGACCCCCUCUUCGACGGCACGCCCACCACCGGCAACGCGCAAGAGUCCGAGUUCGACUUCGAUGCCAUGUUUGGCGACGCGAUGGACACAUCGGGCGACAACCCGCACCACGACAUGAUGGAUACCUCAGGCGACAUGGACUUUAACCUCGAUGACGGCAACGACGGACCCUCGCUACUACGCGGUCUCGAGGACUUCGCCAAGGACAGCGAUGACGACGCGAACCAAGCCUCGGCCAUGGACAUUGACUUCACCAUGGCAGACCUGCCAGGCUUAGAUAUGAAUACCGACGCGACUGCGAAUACGAGCGAUAAUGCGACGGCCGCGAAGCCAGCGGAACCAGAGCCCGAGCCUGCAAAGGCCGAGGAGCCCAAACCCGCCGAACAGCCGCCGGUCGAGGAGAAGAAGGAAGAGCCGAUCACUACUACCAACGACGAGAUGAUGGAUACCAUGACUACGGAUAACCUCGAAGAUCUCUUCAACAUGGAAGAAUACGAGAACCCCGAGCAGUCGCAGUUCGACGACGCCUUCUUCAAUUUCGAGUAG